AAAGUUUAAGAGUGCUUUACAGGGGAGACUCACUUCUUUUUGCCUCAACCUUUCCAUGCUGACGGGAUGUUACGAGCUUUGCUGCUUACACUCUCUGUAGUUGCCAUUGCUCAUGCUGAGCUCUGCAAGCCAGAUGCACAGAAUGCUUUCAAAGUACGGAUUAGUAUCAAAACAGCUUUGGGAGAUAAUGCAUAUGCCUGGGAUGCUAAUGAAGAGUACCUCUUCAAAGCAAUGGUGGCUUUUGCAAUGAGAAGAUAUUCCAGCAAGAGCACAACUCAAAUUUCCAAUGUGCUGCUCUGCAAUGUGACAGACCGGGUGUCCUUUUGGUUUGUGGUCACAGAUUCUUCCAAAAACGUGACAACUGUUCCUGGGAGUGAGGUAGAAGCAGCCAUCAGGAUGAACCGGAACAGAAUCAACAAUGCCUUCCUACUGAGUGACAAAACACUGCAGUUCCUGAAGAUAACCUCAACCUUAUCACCUCCUGUUGAACCCUCUACGCCUGUCUGGCUUAUUGUAUUUGGUGUUGUUCUUUGUCUCAUUGUGGCUGGGAUUGUUUUCCUCAUUAUUUCAGGGAUUCGGAAACACAAGAAAAAGAAUAAAGAGUCAACAGAGAGAGAAAAUUUAGAAGAGAAAGUUGAAGUGACACUAGAAAAUGGGAUUCCUUGUGAAGCGCUGGAUAUAAAAGCAGGCCACGUUAAUGGAGUCUUUGCAGCAGAUGAUGAACGGUUCACAUCCCUAUGAAAUGCUGCCACUGCUCUGGUGGUUUUCUGACAGACUCCUGUGCCUGCCUUUCCUCGUCACUACUCCUGAAUGUCAAACAUGAAGACAAGAAAAAUGUCCUUUCACGUAAUUUCCCUUGAGAGAACCUUUUGCUGAUAACACAUACUCUUGAACCUCCACUACAGUUCUUUUUCACGAGCAACGCAAAUAAGAAGGCCUCAGAUAAUAUCCAGAAAAGAUUUCCAGAAGUGUGGCACAACAGGGUUGGAACCUGCCUUGUGCCAGGCAUCUCAUUUUUAAUACAUCCAUUGUUUGUUUUUCCCAGCCAUAAAUGUGAAACUGCAUUAUUCCUGAAUGUCACUGGGGAGAUCAUCUAUAAUUG